AAAGUAUGAAAAUGUUUACAUUUGAACAUUGUGUCGUCUGCUGCGGCCAAAAAGAAGCAAGAAGCUGUAACCUCUGUGGAAAUUGAAUUGCACUAUUUACUUAAAGAAACUGACAAUGGCAACAAUUUUGUUUUCAACUAUGUGUUGAUACCUGUUGAUACACAUGUUAAAACCAACUUUCAGAGGAAAACCUAUCAGACCCACCUCACCACAAUGACUCUUGUAAAAAUAGCCGUUGGCUUGUUAGCUGCUAACGGUGUGUUGAUAGCAGCUAAAUAUGGAAGAAUUCAACACGAACUGAAAGAUGCGACAUGGUUUCGAGAAGCAGCAGUAACAGUGGCGAAGCAUGAAGGGGUACAUGCUUUGAUUGGUCAGCCUCCUCUUGAGCUGGGUGAUGUAUCACGGUUUACUAGUGACAAAUAUGAGCCUUUAGUUGAGAUUGAUCCAAAACCAACAUAUAUUAUUGAAGUGCCCGUUAAAGGUUCACUUGGAGAAGGCAAAAUACGAAUGUACUUGAAUUACCUUGUACCCAUUGAAGUCGUAAGAAAAGAUAUUAAUGCUUGGAAUGUAGCACUUCUUGAGGUGCAAGUAGGUGACAAUAAAGAACGUAGGUUUAUUGUUAAGUAAAAA